UCCCUUUCACUUCCUCCUUCCCUUUCACUUCCUCUAUUUGUGAAGCAGCCUGUCUCUUCCUUCAUCUCUUUGCCUCUGUCUCAGUCCCCCUUUCCCUCUCUCACUCUUUCAUUCCAUCUCCCCCAUUAAUCCAUCAGGUUUCUCCAUCCCCGACACCAGGGUUCUCCAGCGAUCAACAGGUCUUGAAGCUGCAUCAUCAUCACCUGUCCCUGCUCCUUUCAGACACCAGCUGGCCCAUCCCAGGAGCUGGUUCCUCUCUCAGAUGUGCAGACUUUGGGGAAGUGUCUCGCCUCAUGGGACGGAUGGUCACAGAUAUUUGUAGGAGCUCGGUUGCUAUUUAUGUAGCCCAUUGAAGGAGCAGAUUCACCCGGCAGCAGCAUCCUGUUACACCCAGCAUGGAGCUCCUCCAUCUCCUAGCUUCUCUCCAGAUCCUUCCCCGGCUGGUGUCACCUGCAGCUCCCCUGCAAGCCCCCACAGUCAUCGUGGACCCCCAGCACCCUGUGUAUUUCCCAGGGGAGCGUCUCACCCUCAGAUGCUCGGCCCCUGCCGGGGAGGCAGUGAGCAGCUACCACUUCUACAAUCAGCGCGGGGAACGGGUCUUCACAGAAACCACUGGCCUGUCUGUGGGGCCCUGGUUGGUCCUGACAGCUCAGAUGGGGAAGGCCGGGACAUACAGCUGUGAGUACUGGGCAGUGAGAGAAGGACAGUCCAUCUACUCUACACGCAGCCAGCCUGUCUGGGUACCAGUGAUGGAUUUCCCUCUUGCUCCAUCCAUCUCUGCGAAUUCUGAUCCCCCCGGGAAGAGCCCUGUUACCAUCAUAUGCUCGGCCCCUCAGGGACAUGUGGCUGCAAGGUACCAGUUUCUGAGGCAGGGGAAUGUCAUUGUCUCACAGCCGGGUGCCCGUCUCCAGCUCCGUCAAUCUGAUUUGGAUGCUACCGGCCCUUACACCUGCAGCUAUGAGAUCAGUGUCUCAGGGAGAAUGAUCCAGUCACGGCCAAGUGCUCCCCUCUCAAUCCAUCUGACAGGUGUCCCACGCCCCCCGCCAACCCCCCAAAUCAUUCUGGACCCCCCAAAACGCAUCUAUUUUCAGGGGGAACAUGUCAAGCUCACCUGCUCAGUUCCUGGCAGCGAGCAGGUGAGGGGAUACAGAUUCUACCAUCAAAGAGGGGAGCAGAUCUCCGAGCUGGACGAGGGGGCUUGGCUGGAGCGCACGGCUAUGACUGGGAAUGCUGGGGCGUACUCCUGUGCCUAUUGGAUAAUCCAAUCUGGGCAAGCGAUCCUGUCAGGGAAGAGUGAAUCCGUCUCCAUCACUGUGACUGCUCCUCUGCUGGCUCCCAAACUCUCUCUGCAUCCCAAGCUCCCUGUGUACCUGCCCGGGGAGAAGGUCACCCUCGACUGCUCAGUGCCCGGUGGUGAGGAGGUGGUAGGGUUCAGGUUCCACCAGCACAGAGGGGAUCAGACCCUGGAAGAGCUGCCAGCUGCCAGCGGGGGGCCCCGGAUGGAGCUCACAGCACAGAGGGGGAAUGACGGCUCCUACACCUGUCAGUACUGGAGAUGGGAGGCCGGGCAGGAGAUUGCAUCAGAGAACAGUAUCAGCAUCACUGUACCGGUGUCAGAUCCGCCUCCACAGCCAGCUCUGCACCUGGAUCCCCCAUCUGGAGCAGUGAGCGAAGGGCUCCCCCUGCUCAUCACCUGUGUGGCACCCGAAGAUGCCGGCGAGAGGAGGUUUCAAUUCUACAAGGAUAGAACCGAGCUCGUCCUCGGAGACGUGGGGUCGGAGAUCAUCACCAUGGAGCCCGGCACCGGCUCUGUCAAUGUCUCUGUGCUCAGCAUCCCAUGGGCCAGUCCCGAGAGCACCGGGGAAUUCACCUGCGGGUAUGAGGAGAACAUGAGCGGAAGGUGGAUCCCGUCCCCCAGGAGCCGGGCUGUGAACGUCACUGUGACAGCGAAGGCUUCUCCAGGCUCCAUUCAGGCCUGGCCUCCGUGGAUCCCCCUGGUGGCCGGAUGUGUCGGUGCCGCAGCUCUUCUCCCCCUGCUGCUUCUCCUCAUCUGCCUCUGCAGGAGGAAGAAAGGUGGUGUCGCAGCAGAGACACAGCCCCCGCAUGUCAACAGACCCUCCGGGGCUGGCACAGCUCUGCAGGAAUGGAGCCGUGAAAGGCAGGUCCAGCCAGUGACCCACAACCAACCAGUGCGGCCCAAGAACCCUGGAGGGAAGCCCAUAGUGGGUCAAGACCCCCAGGAAAGGGACAAGAGAGAAGAGGAUGCAGAUGACAGGGGAGGGUGCAACUCCUUGGUAAUCAAUACCGUCUAUUCCACCCUGACUCCCCCUUGCACCGUGGCCCAGCAGAGAGGGAGAAAGUACUUCUCAGAGGCUGUAGUGUACAGCGAAAUCCCCUCCUGAUCACAGCUUCUGCGACAACCCCAGACCCAUCCCACCCCCACUGAGAACACCUCUCAUAAUGCCCCAUCCCCCCAACCUUACCUUCCCUGCAAAUAGCCACAAACAUCUUCCUGGUGUACUUUCAAUGUGAGGUGGGGGACAGGGGCUGGGAGCCAGGACUCCUGGGUUCUAUCCCCAGCUCUGGGAGGGGAGUAGGUUUAGUUUAUUAGAGCAGGUGGUGAGGCUGGGAGCCAUGGUCUGUGAAGGGAGUAGGUUAUAGCAGGGAGAGUAGUAAUUCCCAAUGCUUAGAUUAUUUUCAGUAUACGGGUUAGAGGAGGGAGUUUGGGUUUUAAUCUGUCAAAGACAAGUGUUUGCAGAACUAUGUGAAAUAGUCCAGAGGGGCCCCUACCCCUGCAUCUGUUCCAAUGCACAUUGCGCCCUUUUGUUGUGGGAAACCUUCUCUUACGAUGGGACCCCCUGGAUAUUAUUACUCUUGUUCCUUCGCCGUGGAGUUCUGGGUCUGUGUUUACAAAACUCCUUUAAACAAAAUGAAAUCACAUUGGUUUUCAUUAAGGGGUUAGAUAGAGGAGUGGCCUCUAUCUAUGUCACACAUACACAGAUCUCAUCCCCUCCCGUAAGGGGCAGAAGGGAGGGACACACACGGCUGGAGGACAGCCUGUGACCAAGAGAUCUGUGCAACAUCCCCAACAUCGGAAGAGCUUCCCAUACUGGGAAUGGGGGAUACGUUAAUCAAACCACUGAAAUGCAGCCAGCUCUGGGGUAAGGACUGACCACUCUUUAACACAGUUAGCGCUACCCCUCCAAAGGGAUCUUCACCUGGGGCUGAAAUGCAGCCACUUCCGGGGGAUGGUUUGACAGCAGUUUAGCAGCAUCAGGGCAAACACUGCAGAAGUGGAUCUCGCUCCCAGCACCAAAAUGCAGCCGCUUGUAAGGUGGAACAUGGCAGUUCUUGAAGAGCUCCCGGCAGAGCUAUUCUGGAGAGGGGGGCAUGGAGAAACCUGGGUCCAACUGAGGCUGCAAUUUGAGGGAGGCAAAAUCAGUUGUGAAAACGCCAAGGGAUCUGUGAUGACCACUACUGGUGAACGAAGGUGUAUUUCAUUUUAAACCAGACAGCACAGUGCACCCCAGUGCCAUGCUGGGGUAUUGGGGUCACCAUUGACUGCAGGGUAAGAACACCCCCUUCUGAGCCCCUGCCCUGCUCCCUACAGCACAACCCCUCCACAAGCCACACUCGGGGAUGGAGGUCAGCACCGACUCUGAAGGGACAGCGCCCCCUACAGGCUCCCCUGCCCUGCUCCCGGCAGUGCUUUAGAGAUCUCCUCUCUGAGCACUGACAUCACCCAUGUGUCUCUCCUAUACGAGGUGGGAUUGGACCACAGCACAGGAGGCUACACCAGUCUGCGUUGAUCCUGGGCUGCAUGGGGUCCACAGGAGGGUCAUAGACCGAACAGGGGAGUUCGAACUCACAGAGAUCUGAUGCAUUCCCCAAAUGGCCGGCUGGAAUGCUGUCCAUGAGUUUGCUUGAUUGCUCGCAGCAGAGAACUCAUCCGCUUUCCUACGACGGAAUCUCACCUGUUGUAUUGCCUGGAGGUGGCUUAUCAAGUGGCCCAAAGAGGAGGAUGCUGGAACGCAGAACUCCUGGGUUCGAUUUUCCCCCCCUCCACUCAGUCAUGUGCCUCAGUUUCCCAUAUUUAUAUAUUGAGGAUCAUGCUUCUCUUACACGGUGAUUGUCACAGCUGCAAACUGCGGUGAGAUGCUCAGAUCAAAGAUGUCGGGGGGCCACCAAAGGAUUAAAUUUCACCAUCCAUCGCCCUGUUCACACUGUGGAGAAACUAUUUCACUUCAGCUCCUUGAGGCAGGGCUACAAAGGCAGUGAUGGCGCAGCGCGGGGGAGGGGACGUCUAUUAAUCAUCUCUGUGACCGCAACUGUGCCAGCUGUUUCUCUGCGGCUGCGAGGCUUCCUGCGGUGGCUGGCUCCCCUGGGCUGCUGCGCUCUGCGGUUUCCAAGGCCAGGGCAGUGGCUGGGUUGCUAUUGGCACCCGCCCCAAUGCACCUGGCCUGUGUGUCCUGCCCUCCGUGUGAUUAAGGGGUCGACACACACCCCACGCUGGGUCCCCUUCCUGCUCAUAGACACACACACACACACCCUGCCAUGGGUACUCCAUUAGCAUCCCCGGCCCCCCGCAACCUGCGUAGCCAGCAUGGAGCGGCAGGUCUGUGUGAUCCUGUACACUGACCAUCCCCAGCUCAAGACCUGGCCAGCCAGAGCCAGAAGCAGCCAAACCAGGGUCCUCUGGACAUACCGAGAUCUUCCUGCAGUUUUCAAAUGAGCUGACGGGACAUUUGCUCCAAGCCACCUCUCCCUAUAGUCUCUUCCCCACCACUCCGCACCUGCCCCUUCUCCCCAGCCCUCUCACUCCCUUUAGCUGAUCCCCUCCUUGCUAAACCCACCAUCACCCCAAAAUAGCCAUGCCGUCAGCUGCCAUCCCAUUGAUCUCUCCGCUCGGGGUGUCCUACCCCUUCCCCCGCCCUGUGGCCACCUGGUCUAUUUCAAUCCAUGGCCGGUCCUUAGAGCCAGCUGUUACCAGAUUUGCCCAUUUGUCACGGAGUGUCGGGGGACAC